AUGUUUCUGGAUUCGCGGCGAAUUGCGAUUCACCCGGACGAGGAGAAAGAUGCAGAGGGUCUGCUUGCCUCGCCAGAGCAGUGCUCUGCAGAUACCAUUUUGUCCAGAAAGGUGGAGGCCUGCUGGACACGAAGGCCUGCAGUAAUCGCAUCCUUUCUUCUGAGUGUUGGAGUCUUGACUGGCGUCGGCGUUGGGUUCCAUUUGCGAGGGCAGCAUGGCAACCUUCGACAGCCUGCUUACGCGAGCCUCUACAAGUUUGGCCAAGCAGCCGACCUAGCCCACUACGAAAAGGCGAUCGAAGGCGUCUGCUCAAAGAGUGCCCAGCAUGACCAUAAUCAGGCGGUGCCCAUCACGAAACCGAUGGUUUUUCCGCGUGCAAACCUCUGCACAAGUAAGUUGUUGUCCGCUGACUUUCCCUGUGGCUUCACCAGAAAUUGGUCGUGCCCGUCCUUCCCGCAUGCUGUGAAGGCCAAUGCAAGCGGCGUUGCAGCAAACGAUGGUUCUCUUGGUUACUACUGUUGCUGUGAGAUCGAGCGACUCAGGUCUGUGACCUGGUCAAGACAUCCCUUCGAGGAUGAUGCAGACUCGAUGCCCGAGCCGCAGAAAGUGCGGAUAAAGGUCGUGACAUACAACAUCUUUUGGUGGAACCUCUUUGGCAUUCAUAAGGGCAACGGUGGAACUGCUGGAGGCGUCGUCGCGACAUCAAACGUGCGGGAGCCUAUAGACUUGAUUGCCUUUCAAGAAUGCCGAGACAAAGACCGUGUGCUGGACGAUGCCGGCCUCUUGAACAGCUUCCAUACCUUUGCCGGAAUGUACGAGAAAUGCAUAGCUCUCAACAAGGAGGCAUGGAUUUGGCUGGAGGAGGGCGAGGAGGACGUCGCGGCAGAUGUCUACUGGAACAAUUUCGGACCCCGCGGAGUGAUUUGGGCUCGGGUGAUGCACAGAGCUAGUGGUCUCCGUGUAUUCUUCGCCAACCAUCACGGCCCCCUCGCGGUCAAUUCGGGUGGCCAGUGUGGUGGGUUUCGCACGGCCAGAAACCUCUUGAGGGUUAUCCACGAGAAAAGCGAACCCGGUGACAUUGUUAUCUUGGCAGGGGACUUCAACGCCAAUCCUGCUUCACACACAAUUCAGGAGUUGCGCAAAAGCCUCAUGCAUGUCCACGCAGGCACCGUUCUCGGAGGAAUCGACAACGUCUUCACCAACCUGAAGCCGUCUUCUGUGGUUGCAAGAGAAGAUCUGGGCUCUGGGGGCAGCGAUCAUCAUGCGCUAGCCACCAUCUUCGAGGUCGAUACCGGAGGCUACCAGCAGCCCGCUGUGCCUUCUCAGGAUGCGAGCUACAGCGAAGCGAUACUUGGAGGGUUGCGCAAGGGUUUUCCUGGGGAUGAUUGGGGCGAAUUCUGGUGCGGGCUAGAGCACACUGAUGUCAGCUACAACCCUGUUGGUGGCUCCGGACGGAUCUUCGACUCCAAGAAGGUCGCCACCCCGGAUUGGUGUUGCCGAUAUUGCCAACGCAGCAGCAGCUGCAAGGCAUUCCGCUUCGAAGGCAUCCCUGGCAGCAACAGUACAAGGUGUACGUUCCUGACCGAUUUUGAGCCUGGCCUGAAGGAUGCAAACUGCAGCUUCGUUGCUUCGGGAUUGGCUGCGGAGUGGGCCAUUCAGGCGCUUCCGCACGAGGAUCCGAUUGCAGUCCGGCGGCCUCUCGGCUGCCCGCUUCAGCCGCCCGAGAGGCUGGCGUCAGCGGCGUCAGCGGCGUCGGCGGCGUCGGCGACGCUGCACCCGCUUGGUGGAUCGACGAGAGCGAGAGCGAGAGCUGCCUUCCUGGAGGUGGCGGCUCCGCAUCUCAAGAUGAGCUCGUUCAAACGACUGACAGCAGAAGAGAGGGAAGACCUGGAGGAGAUGAAGACCUCCAGGUUCGAACGCGAAGCAGAGGAGCACGAGAACAAGGACCACAGGGAGCACAAAGCUGGGGCGGCAGCAGACGGCGACAACGGCGCAGCUGUUCCGUUGCCUGGGUUUCUUACAGCUGUACCAGGUGUCAGCAGCGUGGCAAGCAGCUCGUACGUGCUCAGUGCCUACGAGUAUGCCAAAGAGAACCCGAUGAUGACAGCCUGGACAGUCGGAACCGCAGCAUUCAGCGCGGCAGCGAGCGCAUUCAGGUCCGUCUACGACUACUUCUAUCCACCUCAGGAUGAGGGAUGGUUUGGUGGCUGGGACGCCGGCCUGCUGAGUGGCGGAGCUGCGGCGGCUGGUGGCUGGUUCGGCAGCAGUGCCAGCGCAGCACCUUCGUCAAGCAGCUGGUUCGGUGGGGGCGGCGCCGCAAGCAGCGAUGCAAGCGCAUCGUCAGGAGGCUGGUUUGGCUUCGGCAGCGCCGCCCCGGCCGCGGCUGGAGCUGGUGGAGCAGCCGGGGCUGCUGCUGGCGGCUGGUUUGGUGGACUCUUCGGAGGCUCUUCUGGCGAGGACAAGGGCCAGGCCAGCAGCAGUCGUUCAGCUGGUGGAGGAGGGGGAGAUGCAGCUGAGGGUCAGGAAGAAGGCGGUUUCGACUUGGAAGGAGAGUUGGACAUGGACCUGGGCUUAGGUGGAGACGACGAUGGGGAGGGUGCCUGCGAGCAGCAGUGA